AUGAUAGCGAAGAGAAAAGAUAUCCAUUUAUCAAAAUGUUUUGAUAAGAAACAACAAAGUAGUGCUUGGAGAUAUGAGGUCAGUCGCCGAGUAACUGAUGUUUUUAAUAAGUUGAAGAAGCGAGGUAUUCAUUCAUCUACUUUUAUCAACGCAGCUGGUUUCACAUAUACAGGUGUUGGUGAUACUACUCGUUGUCAUGCAUGCGGUUUGGAAGUAUCUGAAUGGACAGCAGAUAUGGAUCCAUUGACUGUUCAUAUUGAACGGAGUCAUAACUGUUCAUUUGUUGAAUCACUUCUAUCAACAAAUCGAAUGAGACUUUCUUCUUCAAAUAUUUUAGCAACUAAUCAACGAAACUAUGAAUUAUCCCAUUAUGACGAAAAUCCAGCAAAACGUCAAAAAAUUGAUAGUCAAAUGACCAUUUUACCGCUGGAAGUCGAAAUUAUGAAAGAAGUUCGUUGUCGAACAUUUUCACAUUGGGCACAACGCAUAGUACCAUCUCGAACACAAAUGAUAUCGGCUGGGUUCUUUUAUUGCAAUGUUGGUGAUCGUGUCAUUUGUUUAUAUUGCAAUUUAAUUUGUCAACAAUGGACACCAGAUAGUGAUGAUCCACAGACAGUACAUGAAACUCUCUCACCUCAAUGUCCAUAUGUUUUAUUCGCUUUAAAAACUCGUAAAACAUUGAAUACUUCGACUCUUAAUGAACGUUCGAAUAGUCAAGCAGCAACAGCUGAUGUAUCACGAUACCAUGAAAUAGUACAAACAUCAGCAUGCCAUAGUGCCUAUAUGGAAAUUUCAAAACGCCAAGCAUCAUUUCAUUCGUGGCCUCAAGAACACUUGCCGCCUGUUGACGAUCUCGUACAAGCUGGGUUUUUUUAUUCUGGUUCAAAAACUAUUGUUACCUGUUUUUAUUGCAAUGGAUCAAUUGAAAAUUGGAGGUCGAACGAUAAUCCACUGAUUGAACAUGUACGUUGGUUUCCAUUUUGUGCCUAUGUAAAACAGCUCUGUGGUGAUGAAGUUUAUCAGAAAAUUCAAGAAUCAAAACGAACUGCUGAAGGUUAG